CUUACCUAAGUGUGUGGAUCAAAACUAUCUGCAGGGAUGAUUUUGACCGGCUGUUGCAGAUUCCUGGCCAUCUUUGCACUGAUUUUCCCAAGGACUCAGAGUUUCUUGCCAAAACAACAGAGGGUAUUACUUGUAUCAUUUGACGGCUUCAGAUGGGAUUAUAUCUAUAAAUUCCGAACUCCCAAUUUCGAUGAGGUCAUGAAGGAUGGUGUUCAUGUCGAACAGGUCACAAACGUGUUCAUUACCAAAACGUAUCCUAACCACUACACAAUGGUGACAGGCCUCUACGCGGAGGACCACGGUAUAGUCGCCAAUGAGAUGUACGAUCCAGUUUUGAACGAAACUUUCUCCAUGAACCACAUGACCAUGUAUAAUCCAAAGUUUUGGGAACACGCUUAUCCAGUCUGGAUCACUAACCAGAUUCAGGGACAUAGAAGUGGCGCUGCGAUGUGGCCGGGAACCGAUGUCAAGAUACACGGGGCCUUUCCCACACACUACUUGCUUUACAAUGAAUCCGUUUCAUUUCAAGAGCGUGUUGCCAAGCUUAUCGAGUGGUUUACGUCCGAAGAGCCUGUAAAUCUCGGACUCCUGUACUGGGAGCAGCCAGAUGAGAUGGGACAUAUUUUGGGUCCAGAUGAUCCUGGUAUGGAGUUGGUCAUUAUGGAGAUUGACAAUCUGCUGAGCCAUCUUGUGCGGGAACUGAAGAGAGCAGAAUUGUGGGACACUUUGAAUGUCAUCAUCACAAGCGACCACGGAAUGGCCCAGUCAUCCAGAGACCGGAUCAUAGAGCUCGACCAGUAUGUGGACAGAGACUUGUAUAUGAUGAUUGACCAUUCGCCUGAUGUAGCGAUUUUGCCAGCAGAAG